AUGGUCCUGCAGGCGCGGAACAAGCACCGGGAGGCGGCCCCUAAGCCGCCCCAGCCGCCCCGCGCCUCGCAGUCACCGCUGAGGGGGUCGCCAGAUGUCGGCGCCGGGGAGCCCGGGCCCGAGCGCGCGCCCCCGUCCCCUCGGCGCAAGGGCGCCGCGGGCAAGAAGGGGCCCAGAGCCGAGUCCGCCGCGCCACCCGCCUGGGGCGGCCUCGGGGGGCGCUUGGCGGCCGGGCUGCGCGGGGCGCUGGGCCUGCGGCGCUCGGGGCGCGGCCGAACCUGGACCACGCUCCUGCUAGCUGCCUUUGCAGCAGUGUUGCACUGGAGUCAUAUAACACACCUCUUUGAAAAUGAUCGUCAUUUUUCUCACCUCUCAACAUUGGAAAGAGAGAUGGCUUUUCGCACUGAAAUGGGACUAUAUUAUUCCUACUUUAAGACUAUUGUGGAAGCACCCUCAUUUUUGAAUGGAGUAUGGAUGAUUAUGAAUGAUAAACUGACUGAAUAUCCCCUUGUUAUUAAUACAUUAAAAAGGUUCAAUCUUUACCCUGAGGUAAUCUUAGCCAGCUGGUACAGGAUUUAUACCAAAAUAAUGGAUUUGAUUGGUAUUCAAACCAAGAUAUGUUGGACAGUUACCAGAGGAGAAGGACUCAGCCCUAUUGAAAGCUGUGAAGGAUUGGGAGAUCCUGCUUGCUUUUAUGUUGCUGUAAUUUUUAUUUUAAAUGGACUAAUGAUGGCAUUGUUCUUCAUAUAUGGCACAUAUUUAAGCGGCAGCCGUUUAGGAGGCUUGGUUACAGUGUUGUGCUUCUUUUUCAAUCAUGGAGAGUGUACCCGUGUGAUGUGGACACCUCCUCUCCGUGAAAGUUUCUCAUAUCCAUUCCUUGUACUUCAGAUGUUGCUUGUGACUCACAUUCUCAGGGCUACGAAACUUUACAGAGGAAGCUUGAUUGCACUCUGCAUUUCCAAUGUAUUUUUUAUGCUUCCCUGGCAGUUUGCUCAGUUUGUACUUCUUACUCAGAUUGCAUCAUUAUUUGCACUCUAUGUUGUGGGAUACAUUGACAUAAGCAAGUUACGGAAGAUCAUUUAUAUGCACAUGAUUUCUCUUGCACUUUGUUUUGUUUUGAUGUUUGGAAACUCAAUGUUAUUAACUUCUUAUUAUGCUUCCUCUUUGGUAAUUAUUUGGGGUUUACUGGCAAUGAAACCAUAUUUCCUGAAAAUAAAUGUAUCUGAACUUAGUUUAUGGGUUGUCCAAGGAUGUUUUUGGUUAUUUGGAACUGUCAUACUAAAGUAUUUGACAUCUAAAAUCUUUGGUAUUGCAGAUGAUGCUCAUAUUGGCAACUUAUUAACAUCAAAAUUCUUCAGUUACAAGGAUUUUGACACUUUACUGUAUACAUGUGCAGCAGAGUUUGACUUUAUGGAGAAGGAGACUCCCUUGAGGUAUACAAAGACAUUAUUGCUUCCAGUUGUUCUUGUUGUGUUUAUUGUAAUCAUUAGAAAGGUUGUGAGUGACAUGUGGGUUGUCUUAACUAAACAACAGACACAUAUAAGAAAACACCAGUUUGAUCAUGGAGAGCUGGUUUAUCACGCAUUGCAACUGCUAGCAUAUACAGUCCUUGGUGUUUUAAUUAUGAGACUAAAACUCUUCUUGACACCACACAUGUGCGUUAUGGCUUCCUUGAUCUGCUCAAGACAGCUAUUCGGAUGGCUCUUUUGCAAAGUGCAUCCUGGUGCUGUUGUUUUUGCUGUGUUAGCAGCAAUGUCAAUACAAGGUUCUGCAAAUUUACAAACCCAGUGGAAUAUUGUAGGGGAAUUCAGCAAUUUGCCACAAGAAGAACUUAUAGAAUGGAUUAAAUAUAGUACUAAACCAGAUGCAGUGUUUGCAGGUGCCAUGCCCACAAUGGCAAGUGUUAAACUCUCCGCACUUCGGCCCAUUGUGAAUCAUCCACAUUAUGAAGAUGCGGGUUUAAGAGCCAGAACAAAAAUAGUAUAUUCGAUGUAUAGUCGAAAAUCAGCUGAAGAAGUGAAGCGAGAAUUGAUAAAGUUACAAGUGAAUUACUACAUUCUGGAAGAAUCGUGGUGUAUAAGAAGAUCCAAGCCUGGAUGCAGUAUGCCUGAAAUCUGGGAUGUGGAAGAUCCUGCUAAUGCUGGGAAACCUCCCUUAUGUAACCUCUUAGUAAAGGAGUCCAAGCCUCACUUCACCACUGUAUUCCAGAACAGUGUUUACAAAGUCUUAGAAGUUAUAGAGGAGUGACUGCUGCCUACAGAGAAUUCCACCAGUAAUGGUUUCCAUGUUUUGCUAAUAAC